GUUCAAUACUGAGUGUCUAGCUGGCUUCUCCCUAUGGCUAUCAAGGAGAGACUCAGGGCAAGGAAGAGACUCUUCUGGCGGCUGAUGUUACCUGCAGGUCUCAUAGGCCUGUUCCUGUAUGGGUUGCCUGUGGUCAGGUAUCUGGAAACCUUCAUCCCCAUGGGUGUCUGCCCUUCAGCCAUAAUGCCCCUGCUGAAAGACAACUUCACAGGUGUCCUGCGUCCCUGGGCUCGGCCUGAAGUUCUGACCUGUACCUCCUGGGGCGCUCCUAUUAUUUGGGAUGGCACCUUUGACCCAGAUGUAGCCCAGCAAGAGGCUAGAAGGCAGAACCUCACCAUUGGGCUGACUGUCUUUGCUAUAGGCAGGUACUUGGAGAAGUACCUGGCGCGCUUCCUGGAAUCAGCCGAGCAGCACUUCAUGGUGGGCCAGCGCGUGGUGUACUACGUGUUUACUGAGCGACCGGAAGCCGUGCCCCACGUGACACUGGGCACGGACCGUUGGCUGCGUGUGGAACACGUGACGCGGGAGCCGCGCUGGCAGGACGUGUCCAUGGCGCGCAUGCGCACGCUGCACGAGGCUCUGGGCGGGCGCCUGGGCCGCGAGGCGCACUUCGUGUUCUGCAUGGAUGUGGACCAGCACUUCAGCAGCGCCUUCGGGCCCGAGACACUGGCCGACCUGGUGGCGCAGCUGCACGCCUGGCACUACCACUGGCCGCGCUGGUUCCUGCCCUACGAGCGCGACACGCGGUCGGAGGCGGCACUGUCGUCGGAGCAGGGCGACUUCUACUACCACGCGGCCGUGUUCGGGGGCAGUGUGGCGGCGCUGCGCGGGCUGACGGCGCACUGCGCGCGGAGCCAGCUGCGCGACCGCGCGCGCGGCCUGGAGGCGCGCUGGCACGACGAGAGCCACCUCAACAAGUUCUUCUGGCUGCACAAACCCGCCAAGGUGCUGUCGCCCGAGUUCUGCUGGGCCCCCGCCAUCGGAUGGCGGUCUGAGAUCCGCCACCCGCGCCUCCUCUGGGCUCCCAAGGAGUACAAGGUUGUGCGGAACUAG